CGUACUUUUGGUGGAAAAGAUAGACACAGUAAAGUCUGCACAAUAAGGGGUCUUAGAGAUAGAAGAAUUAGACUUUCAGUGCCCACUGCAAUUCAAUUGUAUGAUCUUCAAGACAGACUUGGUCUCAGCCAACCUAGCAAAGUUGUAGAUUGGUUAAUUGAAGCCACUAAACAUGAAAUCGAUAAGCUUCCACCAUUACAGAUACCACCAGGAUACUUCGCUCAGUUCCAAGGCGAUCAUCAUUUUGAUGCAGCUAAUUUGAGAGCAAAAUCUAAGGUAAUUGAUACGGACACAGUAUAUGGAAAAAACAAGUCUAUUGCUUCAAAUGAGCAAGAAAACCAAGAAGAAAUUGGAGGUUAUGUUCCUCAAAUUUCAGCUCAGAGUUUCUUUCCAUUAGUCAAUAAAUCUCCUAAUUUACCAGGCCUGAUAAACAGCAGCAUGCCUUUCAAUUCCUACUAUCCAUGGGAGCCUAAUUCGAACUUGUCUUUAGCUCAUUUUGGACAACCCCAAAUAGAAGAAUCGUCCCAAAACAAUUUUCCUUUAUCAUUGGCAUCAUCCUUGUCUUUGCCUUCAGGUUCUCAAUUAUACUUUAAUCCAACAGCUACAACAUUUUCACCUAUGAUAUCUCCUUAUAUGACCAAUUAUCCCAUUGAAAGUGAUCCGAGGGCGCAGUUGAACCAUUUCCAUUUCUUAAGCUCAAGUUCACAACACGUCCUUCCAAAUCCAUCAGUGCCAACUCUUAACUUGAUCAAACCCUUCAGUCUGAAUGACAAUCCAAGAUGGAUUCAUUCAAGAGAAGAUGAGGAUGAUAGCCAACCACAUGAAGGCGGCAACAAUUAAUUCUAAGAUUGGAUCAGGAGAAGAAAUUCUAGUAUCUACUAAGGGGUUUGGAGCCUUAAUAUCGGGAAUUAUACGUUUCUGCAUAAUACAAUAUUAUUUCAAAGACAAGAUCAUGUACCGGAUAGAGCAAACAAGAUUAUGCUAGUUUCCUACAUCAGAGGUACAGCAAUACAGUAAGACAUUCUAUCUCUAGUACUAUAUACAUUUAUAAAGUUUUAUAUCUUUUCUCUGCAGAACAUAAUAUUUUACUUAAACACAGUUUAUAUUACCACUGCGUGGUAAAUGAGUAUUGUAUUUGCAGUUUUUUUGUGGUUCCUUUUCUUUAAUUCCUUCCUCGUUUCUUGGUGAUUUUUAUUUCUUUUCUCGGGUGUUAUUAAAGUGGUAUAAAUUCUAUAUUAUGGGUACCAUUGGAAUAUGA